UUAAAAACAGAAACUUUAGCUGGCUGACUCCUUUUUUUCUUCCCUCCAGGCUUCUGAGGCUUGUGAAAAAAUGUGCUGUAUAUUUGAAGUGUUGGGUCAUGUGACCCAGCUUGGGUUUAUGAAUCAAAGUGCAUAAUGAUUUCUGAGUGAGGCGGACGGAGAGAGGGAGAGUGCGGAGGUGUACAGGCAUUAAGGAGGACAGAAAUAUACAUUCUGCUCUGCCUGUGCUGCUGAAGAGCUUCCGAAGAAAGAUACAGACUUGCUUCAGCUCUCUUUUCUCCCCCAUUGUGGCCAGUCUGUCCAUUCAUCCAUCCGGCAGACCCGCUCUCAUUUGUGUGCAUGCCCUCUGAAGUCCUCCCUCACCAACCACAUAAAGCUGAAAGAAGCCCCACCCACAGCGAGCCGGGCCACCGACUUGUCCUGCUCACAUCAGGCCUCACAGCUGCAGCAGCCAGUAGAGGGCAACGGUAAUCGGUGUGAGAUCCACGUGUCCGGCCUGGGAAACUGACGCUCCUGCUGCACGGAGCCGGAUUUACUCUCCGUUUGCCAUGGCGACCAAUCGGGAACGGCAGGUGGGCCACAUGACUGGCUUCCCACCGGCUGUCUACCCAUUCGCUUUCAACUCCAUCAGAAGCCACUCCCCCUUCGACCUGCUAGCCAAUAGCAGCCUUUUUGGCCGGUUUGGGGCAGACCUACCUAAGGAGAUGGCAGCACUUUCGGUGGAAACUCAGAGCUCCAGCUCUGAGGAGAUGGUCCCCAGUUCGCCUUCGCCCCCUCCUCCGCCGCGUAUUUACAAGCCCUGCUUCGUGUGCCAGGACAAGUCCUCAGGGUACCACUACGGCGUGAGCUCCUGCGAGGGCUGCAAGGGCUUCUUCCGGCGCAGCAUCCAGAAGAGCAUGGUGUACACCUGCCACCGCGACAAGAACUGCCAGAUCAACAAGGUGACCCGCAACCGGUGCCAGUACUGCCGGCUGCAGAAGUGCUUCGAGGUCGGCAUGUCCAAGGAAGCGGUGCGCAAUGACCGCAACAAGAAGAAGAAGGAGGUGAAAGAGGAGGUGGUGGUGCCGGAGAGCUAUGAGCUGAGUGGAGAGCUGGAGGAGCUGGUCAACAAAGUGAGCAAGGCCCACCAGGAGACGUUCCCGUCGCUAUGCCAGCUCGGCAAAUACACCACCAAUUCCAGCUCAGACCAUCGGGUGCAACUGGACUUGGGCCUCUGGGAUAAGUUCAGUGAGCUCUCCACCAAGUGCAUCAUCAAGAUCGUGGAGUUUGCCAAGCGCCUGCCUGGAUUCACCUCGCUCACCAUCGCUGAUCAGAUCACUCUGCUCAAGUCGGCCUGUCUGGAUAUCUUGAUGCUACGGAUCUGCACCCGAUACACACCGGAACAGGAUACCAUGACCUUUUCAGAUGGGCUGACCCUGAACCGCACCCAGAUGCAUAAUGCUGGAUUUGGGCCGCUCACCGACCUGGUGUUUGCUUUCGCCGGCCAGCUCCUCCCCCUGGAGAUGGAUGACACAGAGACGGGUCUGCUCAGCGCCAUCUGCCUCAUCUGUGGAGACCGCAUGGAUCUGGAGGAACCGCAGCGCGUGGACAAGCUACAGGAGCCGCUGUUGGAAGCUCUGAAGAUCUAUGCCCGGCGCCGGCGCCCCAACAAGCCGCACAUGUUCCCACGGAUGCUGAUGAAGAUCACAGACCUCCGUGGUAUCAGCACUAAGGGAGCCGAGAGGGCCAUCACGCUGAAGAUGGAGAUCCCGGGACCCAUGCCCCCGCUGAUCCGCGAGAUGCUGGAGAACCCCGAGGCGUUUGAAGAGCAGUCCGAGGCCGGCGAUGGCCCCGCCCCGGCCGCCCCGCCCGCCAUCACCAUCAAGCAGGAGCGGGAGGAAGACGAGGAAGAGGAGGAGAGCGUCGCUAAUGAGAACAGCAGCGAGCCGUCACCUGAGGAGGAGGAUGACGAGGAUGAGGACGACGUAGAUGAAGAGAGGGAAAGGGGAGCUGACAGUGACUUGGAGGCCUGGGGGGCGCUAGAGAGCGCUGGCGAGGUGCCCAAAGGCAGUAAAUGAGUCCAGCUACCCCUGAAAACUCUCAUCCUUCCUCAGCCUGCAGGGGGUGCUGAUCCUGCCCCAAGCAACUCCAACAGCAGACCCAGCACGUGAGAGAAGAAAACAGCACUCCCCUCCUGAACUUCAUGAGGGUGCAAAUAAGAUGAGCUUUCUCAGAAAAAAUAACAGUACAGUUUUUUUAAUCUAUUUUAUUUGAAAUAAUGCCAAAAUGUAGAAACACCAGCGCUGUGCACUGGACUCAAGGGAAAGCACAAGAUGUCUCACAAGGUCUUCUUCAGGGUGCAGUGCUUCAGGGAGCCACCAGGGGCCACUAAAGACAUUUGUAAAAUGAACCCACAACAUACCAUACAACCAAACUGAACAUGGUAAUCGUCUGUUGUUCAUGAUUCUUACAUUUGUUUAAUUUCCUUUAUUCUAUUUCGUUUAUCAUGAUAUAUUAUUUACCCAUAUAUCUAUAUAUCUUUAUAUUAUUGUCUUCGAUUGUCAUGUAUGGCUUGGUUUAUCUUUGCAAUAAUCAGUCUCUGGCUACAGUCUUUCCAAACACAGUUUGACAAUUCACAACCGACAAACCUCUUCAAUCUGAUGUCGAGCUCUUUUACGCUCUCAGUGAGGACUUAACAGUGAGGGACCUAGCUUGAAAAUGCAUGAUGGAAGAUCUUAAAUAGAGGCUGCAAUGACUUUCAUGGUUCAAAGUCUUUAUUUGUCAUAUUGUGUCACAUGGACACGACUCAUGCUGCCAGGUGGACAGUGUUUUGUUUGUGCCAAAAGCGGCUCUUUGCAAUGUGAGGUAAUCAGGGUGUCUGUCAGGGACGCGGGUAGCAUGCAGAGCCUCACGCGGCCUCACACGGCCUCACGCGGCCUCACACGGCCUCACGUGGCCUCUCGCGGCCUCACGCGGCCUCACGUGGCCUCUCGCGGCCUCACGCGGCCUCACGUGGCCUCUCGCGGCCUCACACAAGGACAAGCUGGACACGAAGAACCAUACAUCACAGCCAACGUGCACAGAACAUCAGCCAGCUCUCAAUCAGCUCCACCUGUGAGCUUAGCUGCCACUCCAUUGGCUGUUUGCAGUGUGUAUGGAGUUAGCAGGCACGUGUACAGCUUUCUCAGAGGUGACCGUGGAGGCAGACUGACGGCUCGUUCUCUGGGGAUUCAGUUACUUAUUCUUUCUGUCUCUCACUCUUGCAGACACACACAGCUACACACAUCCAGACCCACAGACACACACACAUCCACACACGAUAGCAUUCAGAUCGUCGUGGGGGCCGUCCUUUCAUUUCUAUGACAAAAACCCUAAUCCCAACAACAACAACCUUAAUUCCUACCCAGCCCUAACCUUAACCAUAAGUAACCAAGCAAAAUACAAAAUACACAAAAUACAAGGUAUUUUUGG